AUGUUCCACACUCCUGUCGCGCCUCGUCCGAGGAAGAGGUCGAGGUCAACAGAAGCCGGUGUUCUCAGGCAUGAAGAGGUGAAGUUUGAGGAUGUCAGACUGCACCUGUUGGAGAGGAAAAUGGGCAGCAGCAGGAGACGCUUUCUGACCCAGCUGGCCAGGUCAAAGGGCUUUAUUGUGGAAGACGCUCUCAGCGAUGCGGUCACUCACGUGGUGUCUGAGGAAAGCCAGGCUUCAUCUCUUUGGAAGUGGCUGAAGGGAUGCGAUCUGAAAAAUCUACCUGGGAUGCACGUAUUGGACAUCAGCUGGUUCACUGACAGCAUGAGAGAGGGAAGACCUGUUGCUGUGGAGACCAGACACCUCAUUCAGGAUACCUCGCCCACACUGCCAGAGGCUCCUGCACCCACCCCAGCGUCCACCGUUUCUCAAUACGCCUGCCAGAGACGGACCACCACAGAGAACUACAACAAGAUUUUCACAGAUGCAUUCGAAGUGUUGGCAGAAAGCUAUGAAUUCAAUGAGAUAGAGGGUCCGUGCCUGGCCUUCAGGAGAGCUGCAUCUGUCCUGAAGAGUCUGCCCUGGGCGGUGCAGCGUCUGGGGGCCACAGAGGACCUGCCCUGCCUGGGGGAUCACUCCAAGGCUGUCAUGGAGGAGAUCCUUCAAUAUGGCCGUUCGUUUGAAGUCGAGAAAGUCCUCUCUGAUGAAAGGUAUCAAACACUAAAGCUGUUCACAAGUGUGUUUGGGGUUGGACCUAAGACGGGGGAGAAGUGGUACCGCAGAGGGCUGCGCUCAUUCAGCGACAUUCUGGCGGAGCCCAGCAUUCAGCUCAACCGGAUGCAACAAAGUGGUUUCCUGCAUUAUGGAGACAUCUCCAGGGCUGUCAGUAAAGCGGAGGCCCAGGCCCUGGGGAACAUUAUUGACGAAGCUGUCCGUGCGAUCACACCGGACGCCGUACUGGCACUGACAGGUGGCUUUCGCAGGGGAAAAGAGUUUGGUCAUGACGUCGACUUCAUCGUGACCACAACAGAGCAGGGGAAGGAGAAGCGUCUGCUCACCAGCCUCAUUGAUCAACUGAAAGAACAAGGCAUUCUUCUCUUCUGUGACCACCAGGCCUCCACCUUUGAUAUGUCAAAGCUUCCCAGCCACAGGUUUGAGGCCAUGGAUCACUUUGCAAAGUGCUUCCUAAUCCUGCGGCUGGAGGGCAGCCAAGUGGUGGGAGGUCUCCACGGUGCUGAGGGGGACGGCCGGGGCUGGAGGGCUGUACGAGUGGACUUAGUGUCGCCGCCUAUAGAUCGCUACGCCUUUGCUCUCCUCGGCUGGACCGGCUCCAGGCAGUUUGAAAGAGACCUGAGGAGGUUCGCUCGGACGGAGCGCCGAAUGCUUCUGGACAACCACGCCUUGUUCGACAAGACCAAG